GACCAGGAGAAGGCCUUGGACAAGUAUGACGAUGUGGUGACCUCCCUGCAAAAGCGCAGCCAGCAAGUCCUCCCUCUCAGGUACCGCCGGGAGACCCCCCUCAAACCCAUCCCAGUGGAAGCUCUCUGUGACUAUGAAAGUGAUCAGUGCCAUCUCUCUCGCGGAGCAACAUACACAUUGCACAAGAAUAAUGGCGACAAGUGGGAGGUAACAGACAGUGCUGGAAAUGUGAUCAAUGCGCCAGGCGUCUGCUUCAUGAUUCCCCCUACGGAUCCUGAAUCGCUGACCCUUUCUGAUAACAUUACUGGCCAGCACCAGAGCGUAAAACAGAAGAUAGGUGGCACGAAGAAGCUUCUGCAGCAGAGAUACGAAACGCUGAAGGCUGACGGCAUUGGAG